AUGAUUAACGAAGGCAGUUGUCUACCGCAACUUCUUUAUCCAACGGCUGCAACAGCAACAGCAACUGCUACUAAUCCAUUAAUUAAUGCUUUAAAUGGCUUGCAAAAUACUGCAGCUUUGACUGGAACAGGUCAAGUGAAUGCGUCGCAAACUCAACAACAGUAUAUCGAUUAUGCGACGUUAGCUGCGGUUGCAGCGGCUGGUGGCACAGCUGCUACUGCGGCACAGAAUCCAUUCUCGCUUCAUCCAACUGUAUCAGCAGCUGGUACCAUGGGAUUGGAACAGUAUGCUUAUACACCAUAUGGUUUGGUACCAACAAGCAGCUAUGCAGCUCAAUUAAGCGCAGCGCAAUCGCAGUUAGCUGCGGUAACACAGCAACAAGUUGCCUUGGAGCAUCAACGUGUAUGA